AUGGCGAAAAAGAACGCGUACACGAGCGCCGUCCCAACCAUUGAGCGGACUCGCGGUGGUGUCACAGAGCAUGUGUCCGGUAUCAACUUCCCACCUCCGGCCCCGGAGCGGCGCAUACCGUGCCCUCACUGUCCCAUGACCUUCGUGAACGAGCAAGGACUUGGGAUCCACGUGAAAACACAGCACAGCAAUGCAAACAUGUCCAACGGCUUGCGGCUGCAGCGGAUGCUAGGGAAGACUCCCAAAGGGUAUGUUCAGCCGUGGGGAGAAGCCGGGCCUGGACGUUGUUGGCACGUGAAGGUCGAUGGUGCGACGGGGGCGGCUUCGUUCGUCCUCCAACGGAAGCGCUUCCGCGAUCUCGACUUGGAAAGCGACGGCUUUACGGACCGCAAAGUCAAGGAGACUCGUGGAGCUGUGAAGCGCAAGCGAUACGAUUUCAGGUUCAAAGCCCAUGUUGUGACCCAGCUGCGCCUCCUCCAGGAAGACGCCGCAGACCUCUUCAAGGAGGAGCAGCUCACGCCUCUCCAGUACUUAGAGGACCGUCUCAAGGUUAACUACAGCCUGAUCGUGAAGUGGGCUCAGGACGAGGCCAAUAUAGUCCAAUCGGCAGCAGAUGACGUGAAGCAGACCCAUCUUGCCAAACAGCAGCCAAAGCGGUGGUUUCCUGAGGAAGAGAAGAAGCUGUACAAUAUGUUCUUGGCGCGGCGGAGGAGGAAGCUGAAGGUGUCGACCCUGUGGCUGACGGUCACGUUCCGGAAGCUCGUGCAAGAGAAUCACCCUGAGGACCAACGGGCGGCGGCGUUCAGCGCGUCCUUCAGGUGGGCACGAAAAUGGGCAAAGAGGCAUAAGCUGUCCAAACGGCGCAGGAGCAACCUCAAGAACAAGUCUAUUAAGAGCGCCUACCAAAGAUCCAGCGCUUCCACCGGCGUUUUCUUUAGCUCCUGCAAGAGCCGGUACGGUACAGGGCACCCGAGGCAUCGGACGUGUCGGCGAUGUCGACGGUCGCGGAGGGAGAGUCCAGAGAUCCCAAGUACGGUCAGUUCCAGCUCUGGGAGCGUUGGAAUGUGGAUCAAGUGCCUUUGCCAUUCGUGAACGGGCUGAUCAGCACGUGGGAGAAGAUAGGCGCGUUGCGUG